CAGCUGCCAUUUUGGUCCUUUGAGCAGUCCGCUCCUUCCGAGAGCGGAACCAUCCAGCGGAACCCGGACGCAUCCCGAGUCAACACUUCCUGUGUUUUUUUAUUUUUCAAAACCAGGAAGAUGGAUUUGCUGUCGACCAAAUGGGUUAUUAAUUUUGUACUUUGUUGUUUUUUCAUGGGUGUCAGCUGUAAUUCAGUGGAACAGAAGAUCUAUGUGGAGCUCAACAAUAUGGUUCCAUGUGUCCGCCUGCUCAACGCAACACAUCAAAUAGGUUGCCAGUCCUCUAUAUCAGGUGAUGUGGGUGUGAUCCAUGUGUUAGAGUCUGAGGCAAACCUGGAAUGGGUCCUGAGCACUGGGCCUAAUCCUCCUUACAUGGUUAUAUUGGAGUCCGCACUCUUCACCAGAUCCAUCAUGAUGAAGCUGAAGAAUGGCACCGGCAGGGUGGCGGGGGCUGCCGUUGUGGUCUCUAAAACAAACCCUGCCGAGGGCUUCUCUCCACACACCAAGUGUCCCAAUGAGAAUACAGGUGUUUAUUCAGAGAGUUAUGAUCCAACCAUGGCGCACUGUAAUGUGACGGUGUGGAACCCUCUGGGGAACGGCCUGUCCUACGAGGAGUUUGACUUCCCCAUCUUCUCCCUGAAUGACGACAACGACACUGAGGCCAUACGACAGUGCUACUUGGGCUAUAACCUUGGUGUGAACGGCAGCACUCCCGAGUACCCGCUGUGUGCCAUGCAGCUCUUCUCCCAUAUGCACGCUGUCACAGACACGGCCACCUGCAUGAGGAGAAAUGACAUCAACUUCAGCAUCAAUCCAGAAAUGGUGUGUGACCCGCUGGGGGACUAUAAUGUUUGGGGCUCUACCAAGCCUCUGAACAACACAGCCAAGGGCCACAAGGAGGGCGAGAGCAUGGUCAUAGCAGCGACCAGGCUGGACAGCAGGUCGUUUUUCUGGGACGUUGCCCCGGGAGCGGAGAGUGCAGUCUCAGGGUUUGUCACCCUGCUGGCAGCUGCCCAUGCCCUACAUAACGUCACCCAGGAGGCUCACCCUCCACGCACCAUCCUCUACACUUUCUUCCAAGGGGAAGCCUUUGACUACAUCGGCAGCUCGAGGAUGGUGUACGAGAUGGACCACAAGCAGUUUGCCAUCGACCUGGACAAUGUUCACUCGGUUGUGGAGAUUGGACAGGUGGGGCUGCGCUCUAGCUCUGAGCUCUGGGUCCACUCUGACCCUGUGUCCAGGAGGAACAACAGCAUCAACGCCGAGGUGAGCUCGCUCAUAGACACCCUGAAGUCGGCCGCCAUGAAUCUGAACGUGACGAUGUCCGUGCCCAGCUUCUCUCAGCCGCUCCCGCCUUCUUCCUUCCAACGUUUCCUGCGAGCUCGGCCAAUCCCUGGCGUCGUUAUUGCAGACCACCAGUCUGCUUUCAGCAAUAGGUACUAUGAGAGCAUAUAUGACAAGGCAGCAAACCUAAACCUAACCUACCCAGCGAACCUGACAGAGGACGAGCAGCUGGAGUUUGUCACAGAGACGGCUAACGCUCUGGCUGACUUGGCGACCGUGGUGGCUCGUGCUCUGUACAAGCAGGCGGGGGGAGCAGACGCCCAGCUGAUCAACAUUAAGGCAGAACCUAAAAUCGUAACCCAGAUGCUGUAUGGUUUCCUUGUUCGGUCAAAUAACACCUGGUUCCAGGCACUAGUACCUCCAGAAUUCAAGAACUUUCUGAAACCCACACCACCAGACUACUAUGUAGGUGUGUCUCAGACGCCCAGCCACGCCAGGACGCCCACACGUCUGGUCCAGUACCUGCUGGCUAACCUGACAGGCACGACCAUCAACAUCACCAAGGAGAACUGCCAUAGCCAGAAAGAGAAUGAGCAGGACACAGAGAGCAAACAUCUGUACUCCUACGUGUGGGUGCAGGGCGUCGCGUCUCCCAACAGCACGGAGCGGCAGGGCUUCUGCGUCCGCUCCUCGGUUCGCCUCUCCAAAGCGGUGUCUCCUGCCUUCGACCUGCUGCAGGAGUACAGCUCCAAAGACUACUCCACGUGGACGGAGUCGCGGUGGAAGUUCAUCAAAGCUCGUAUAUUCCUAGUGGCCAGUCAUGACCUGGAGAUGCUGACUCUGGGCGUCGGGGUCGGCAUACUGCUGAGCUCCCUGCUGCUGACGUACAUCAUCAGCUCCAAGGCCGACAUACUCUUCAGCUCGGGAAGGGAACCUGCCAACGCCACCUACUGAGUCAGCUCAGCCUCGGAGCGGACGCAAACCCACGACCACUACCACUACUACUUCUACUGCUACUACUACUACUGCUACCGCUCUCCCAACCAAACACGGACAGGGCCUUUUUU